AUGUUAAAUGUUGAGCCGACUUUUAACUAUAUACUUUUUAAAACUUUAAGCAUGGAUCAGAGCAAAAAACUCUUAGAGAAAUAUAAUAUUCCAUUAAGCCAUUUGGAUUUUGUUUAUGUGGACAAAUGCGAAAAUGCGCGUGAAAUGGAAAAGAUUGUUGCAAUCUUGCGUUCCGGCGAAGAGGGCUAUUAUCCAGAUCUUACACGCUGCGCUGAGGAGAAGCUUAAGAAGUUAAAGCCUGAGAGCAAAUUGUUUCGCUUUGAGGAGCAAAUACGUAGCAGCAUUGUUUUAGAUAAGAAAGAACUGGAACCCAUAUAUGACUGGAACCAGAGCAUUAAGAGCAAAGACAGCGCUUUAAAUGAACUUAAAGAGGAUGUGGAGAAGUUUACAGCGGAUUUGCCACCCAUGCGCACGCCUGGCAAGAUAGAUGUGGAUGCAGAGGAAGUUGAAACUAAAAAACCAGCGCCCCCGACUAAAACAAUUGAAAAACCGGAAGCGAAGCCAAAUGAGCAGCGCAUCAAGUCUACAGAUUAUAGCAAAUGGGAUAAAUAUGAUCCGGAUGAGGAGAUUCUACGCUUAGAGCUGGAGGAAGAGCGUAACAAAGAACAAGCUCAAAUAAAGACAGUUAAGAAGGGCACAGCAGAGGUCCAAGAGCAUAUGAAGCUUUGCGAGCAGGCAGCUGAGGAGCUGCGUCGUCAAAUACAAUUGAAGAAACUAACACAAUUGGAGCGUGAACAAUAUGCUGAGAAACAUCGCUUACGUGGCAACGAGUGCUUUAAGAGCAGAGAAUAUGCUAAUGCUAUAGAGGAGUACAAACGCGCUAUAAUGUACGAUCCAGAGAAUGCGGCACGUGCGCAUAACAAUCGCGCCAUAGCUUACAUUAAGCUACAAAAGUAUACCGAAGCUAUAGCAGAUUGCGAGGCUUGUCUUAAACUGGAGCCAGCUAAUGUCAAAGCGCUGCUGCGUCUAGCCGAGGCAAACUACGCUCAAGGCAGAAGACGCGAGUCAAAUGAUGCAUAUCGACGUGUCUUGGAGCAUGACCCAGACAAUUCUGUGGCUCUUAAAGCUUUGGAGCAGCUGCGUUCGCAGCUAGGCGAGCUGGCUCCAGCACAUGCCACUCGCAUGAUCAUUGAGGAGCAACAGCCGGCAGCUCAGGAGAAGCCCAAAGCUGCGGUAAAGCCACAGCCAAAGCAAGUCAAGCAAACUGCUGCCAAGGACUACGAUCUGGCUGAGCUGGUCAAACCGAAUCGCGUUGUUAAGAGCAAAUUUAUAAGCGCUGCUGAAGCGCUUGGUGGGCAGUUGAAGGGCAGCAAUGCACCAAAGCUGCAGCAACAACCGCUCAUGCUGCAAGAGUUGGAUGAAACACAACCGGAACUGCGUUUGCCGCAAGAUAAAAAUGUAAACAAAAACAAAUUGCUAAUAAAAGAAUUGUAAGC